AGCCACCGGCCAGAUCCAACCCCACACCACCGUCAUCUCCUUCACCCAGCCGGCCUCCGCCUUCUCCUCCACCUAGCUGCUCUCUGCCUUCAUCGCCACUCGAGUCCGGAUCUGGAGCUAGCUGCGGUGGUUGUCUCGGCUUAGAUCUGACCGCACACUUCACGUCCGACGUACGUCGUUCGCUUGGUUGCCGCCAUGGGAAAGGGGGGUAGUUAGGGUUUGGUGUCAGGGUUUGUUCCUCCUUCAGAUUUGGUCAUCUUCCUCUUUCAGUAUAACAUAUCUUUGGAUGCCAAGCUCUAGAAAACUUGAAAGAGGAAUUAUUGGUUUGAAAAAAGCUCAGCUCUCCACUUCAGUCUCCGAUCUCCAACGUAGCGACGGUCAAAAAGAAAGCAAGAACGCUGCCGCCGCCCGCCAGCGACCUCAGACCUCGCCAUCCCCUGCAGCAACCAAAUAUUUGAGGGCCAAUCCUGUUCCCAACUCUCUGCGUGUGGAUGAAAAGAGGCUGCAGCAAUCUGCAACACCAUUUGACCCCGUGUCCAAGGUGCUCGACGAUGAUGACCUCCUCAUUGAGAUCCUCCUCGUAAUCGCCUGCCCCACCACCCUCGUCUUUGCCGCCCUCGUCUGCAAGCGCUGGUUGUGUCACGCCUCUGAUCCUGCCUUCCUCUACAGCUUCAGCAAGCUCCAUUCGCCCCGCCUCCUUGGCUUCUAUGUCAACACCAGGAUGGACCUCUUACGCUUUGUGCCGAUGCUACCGCAACCCCCAGAGUUUGAUGUCGUCAUCCGCCGUGCAAGCUCUAUCUUGGACACACAUAAACUCAUCUUGGAUGACCGGAAUGACAUCAUUUCCACCAACAAGUUCAAGAACUGUGACGAAGAACCCAAAUCAAUACAUAUAGUGCCCAACCCACUCUGCCCUGAGAGAGCCAUGGUUAGCGUCCCACUAUUCCCAUGCCACGAACGCCAGGAGGGCUAUUUCCACACUUCCAGUAGACUCCUCUUCAAAGAAGAAGGCGACGGCUUUUCCUACGUCUAUCUUGAUAUGGAAUCAGAUGGAACAAAAUCUAGAGUGCACAUUUAUAUGUUACAAGGUGGUGUCUGGUGCGUUCAUGCCUCAGCAACAACACAGCUCCCUUGUCAGCCACUAAAACUGAAUACUCUACUUGCUGACAAUAAAAUCUAUAUGGAAGCCACCCUGAGUGAAAUUCUUGUGUUGGAUUUGAUAGCCUUAAGUUUCUCCACAUUUCAUCUCCCGCAAGGGCUUCUUAUUGGUGACCAUGGAACCAUGUUGUCACGGGCAGAUGAUGAUACCGGUGUGUAUCUCAUUCAUUUGGAGGAGGCUCGGCUUUGCAUCUGGCUCCGCACAGGGGAUAACUGGUUGCUGGUGGAUACAAUUUGCUUUCAUGAGAUGUGUGCUCAAUUGGGAAUGUCUGAUAUCACAAAUUGGCUGUUUAUAAAUCAGGUGGGCGGCAAUGCCGAGUUUCUUUUCUUGCAGAUGGGUCAUUGCCUAGUCUAUGUGGGUAUCAAGUGCAGGAAGUUGUGCAAAGUGUUAACAAGCAAGGAUCAAUGGUGGGGUCGUAUCCAUCCUUGUAUGAUGAUCUGGCCUCCCACAUUCCCUGCGCUCAAGAAUGAUCCUCCAAGGAACAGUGAUGCCAUGUGAAGACGAGGAAGGCCUGUGAUCAACGAAGAGUGAGCUGCAGCUGGGUGGUGCAGUAGCGAAAACCUCUCGUCUUAGAGAAGAGAGUGCAUUAUCUGUUAGCUGUGUUUUGAGUCUGAGACAAGUUAUUACUCUGUAAUGGAUUGGGAUGAUGGAUAAAAAUGGACCGGGUGCUCCUAUUCUUGUUUUGAUGAGACAUGUAUGUUUGCUUCGAACAAGUUAUUUUUUUUACUUUCUAGUGUAUUGUCCAUUGCAAAACCUGUGCUCGAACAAUUUGCAAUGUGCCUAUGGUAUCGAUUUGCGGAUCAUAAUGAGGCAUUAGCCUUUGUUGCCAGGAGUAAGAAUAAGACAUUUAUUUUCAACAGACCUCUGUAAGUUUGUGUUGCCCGUGGAGUAACAAGAAGAUAGAUAUGGAAUUACAGGAGCACAACAUCAAAAUUGAAUGACCAUCAAGAAGGUAUUUAUAGAUUACUUGGUUGUAAUCCCUUCCCAUUCUUUACUCGAUGGUAUCUAUAUAUAAGGCCCCCGUUGUUUUUCAAAAGGGAAAAGGAUUUUGAUAUGGACACUGAAUUUAUGUUCCGUUGUUGCAGAACAGAACAUCUUACUUUAUUAUCAUAUUGGAUUUGUUAUUUAUCUCGAUCAGCUGAGAAUUAACUAAGUCUCACUCAAUUCCAUGACCAUUAGAUGCUGACGUGGUUCUGUAUAUAUACACAACCAAGCUAGCUACAUGACUCGAUCUCAUCACGAUUCGGUAAAGAGACUACUCAACUCAGUAAACAGACUAAAGGAACUCACAUGUACUACUAACUUCUCUUCCACACUAACAAACUAACUAACCUACAUACAUCUCAAGAAACGAAAAGAGAAAACUCUACCAUUGGUACCUCAGCUAAUCAACAAGUGUGGAUUUCAUCCCUUAAAUCAUGUUAUGAUUAGUAGUGACUUUAAAUUGGUUCGUCAGUAUAGCCAACCAACACUGUCAUAGCUGAAUCUGUUGCUUUUGUUUCUCGUGUUUCAAAUCUAGAUUUGGAAGUUUGUAACAUCAUUUUUUCUGGCUCUGUCAUAGAUGUAUUUUGUGUCUCUGUUAUUUUUUUUAGCUUUUUCCACAACUUAGAACUAGGGUUCAUCGGUUG